CGGCGAUGGCCUUUCUCGCCGGCUCGGUCUCGGCCGAGGCUGCGGCGGUGCUUAGGACCCGCAAGCCAGGCACGGUCCGUCAUGUCAUCACUUGGUUCCCGGCUCACAUGGGCCGGAACGUCUCUCCCGGCUCGAUCAACCCCAAUGAGCUGGCCCACGACCAGGCGCGAGGUCUCGUCAACCGCGCCGGUCUGAGGGGCCCGGCUUCGCAGGGGAUCGACCGGACCACGGACCCGCUGCUUACUUUUCACGACAUCACGGCUCACUACCAGCUGGGACGCAGGCAGUUCCCGGCUCCUCACCCGAAGCUCGGCAGACCCCAGGCCUCGGUGUUGAGAAUGCUGCAGACGGGCUCAUUUCCGUCUCGAUCUAGGCUGAGCCACUACGCUCCGGGUGUGGAUCCCCGCUGCCCCGACUGCGGCGAGGCAAGGCAAGAAGACUGGGAAGAAGCCGUCAAGAGCGACGACCUUCAAGUCCAGCUUCGGGCUGUCCAAAGGGCCUGCGAAAGGGCCGAAGAUCACGGUCUUCCGCCCCCGGUGCAGGUGCGGCCCGCGACUACGACAUAGUCCCUUAGGACAAAAUAAAGUUUCUUGUCUGUCUGUCUGUC